UGACAAGGACAGAGUCUUUACAAGGAAGUUUAAAGUGCAUUCAGAUGCUCAUGUCUGCUGGACUUAAUUUCUGUCUUCCCUGACCUGCUACCCCUGGAGACAGCUGAGAGAGAACAGAAAACUUGGGAACUUUUGUGGAGUCGUCUUGUUGGAUCUGUUUCUUUUUGCGCUUUCUGUUUCGCAUUUGCAGAGAGCUCCCCAGGGUCUGUGAUGGAUCUGGAUGCAGAGACUGAACCCCUACUAGACAGAGAUGCAGGGGAGACCAGCUCUUCCCAGUCCACCACGGCAGGAAUCACAGUGUAUCAAGAAAUACAGACACCCCUUGAGGUGCCAGCCCUGACAGCCCACAAGACUCACCACAUCUUCAUCAGUUACAGCAGCACAGACGCAGCCUGGGCCUGGGGACUGAUUCAGAAGCUGGAGGCCACCCUUCCUGAGCUGAAGGUGUGUUUCCAUGAGCGGGAUUUCAUGCCAGGCAAAACCAUAAUUGAGAACAUGGUUGAGUCCAUCCAGGGAAGCCAGAAGAUCCUCUUAUUCCUUAGCCCAGACUUUGUCCAGAGCAGGUGGUGCUUGCUGGAGGCCAACCUGUCCAUCUUCCGAGACUGCAUUGAAAGGAAGCCUGUGAUCCCUGUCAUGCUGCAGACCUGCUCUGUCCCACUGCACCUCACCCACCUGACCUACCUCGAUGCCAGCGAUGUGCACUUCUUUAACAAAGUCAGCAAGGUGAUCUGCACUCCCAAUCACCAGAUGCAGAAUGCCACCAUGGUGCGUUACAACCCCCCAUCCCUCUACAACGGGAAAGCUCUGCUGACCUUACAUGCAGUUAAUGAGUGCUUCCUACUGAAACGGUCAGGGGGUAUAUUCAGUGAUGUAGUCCCUGACCAGCUGAGCAUGGUGAGUGAUGAUCCUGUGUCAUACAGGGCAGCCAUCCAGAUGAUUAAUGAGGUUUCCUCUAGGACAGUCCCUUGUUUUCCUGCCAUCUGUUUUUUUGUGAUAUGGACUUGUCUGUUUGUAACCUUAAUAUUUAAUUUUUUCAUGCCCGUGGAUGAUUUAAACAAGAAAGGAUUUUCUUGGUUGUUUGAGUGUUUGGGGUCUAUGUUGCUUGCCCUGCUCCUGGUCAUAAUUGUUGCACUUGUCAGCUGCAUUUACCACAACAAUGUUAAAUUACCUAAUGUGAAACUCCUGGAGAUGUCCCAAGCUGCCGGCUUGGCCAACUGCCUGCUGCAGAAGAGCUCCCUGCUGAUGGGGUGUGCGUCCCAUGCAGAACUCCACUUCGUCUACAUGUCCCUCGAGGGGUGCAGGAAGGAGUUCGCUGAGACCUUCGGGGAGAGCAGCCCCUCUGCUGAAGAGAUGUUCCAAAGAGCCCUGCAUUAUUUCUCCUCUGAUUAUGCCUGCUGUGUAGCCGAGAAGUAUUUCCAUUUCUCUUGGGCAGGGGGCAUGCCAGGGCACUGGGAUAAAGGGCCUUGUUUCUGCCAGUUUGUUUCUCACUGUGUGAGGAAAGGAUCCUGGUGCUGGAAUGCUUCUGACCACUCAGGAAAGAGAGUGAGUUAGGCUUUGAUUCAAUAUGGGGAUCUAGACACUGGAUGGAAUAUUUGUUCUGGAGCUGGUUGUUCUAACUACCUACCCCUUGUUUGUUAAGGCUGAAAUGCUGUGUGUGUGGGAGAGGAAGGAGUUCUCCUCUAGUUCCAUUUUCCCACCAAAAGAACAAUAUGCCUGGGGCCAAGCCAGUGAACCCCAAACAACCUUCCCGCUAUACAUUCAGGUGUCAGAGUGUGGGCUGUUGUGUCUAACUGAAACACCACUAUGGCAAGUGCAGAUUCUGGAUGUAGAUUAAGUGUAAAUUAUAGAUAUGUUCCUAUGGUUGUAUGGGCUGACUGCUAAAAUAUAAUCCAUAUAUGGUAGCCUGGGAAAGUAGAGCAAAACCUGCAAGUCAAGGCCACCAAUAUUGGGCUGGAGCUAGACCGUAUACAGGUAAUUUUUGAAAAAUGCUAAUCAAUUGCUGUAACGUGAAGUUUAACCUUUUACUAAGAAUGUUAUAGAACCAGCUAGAAUUCUGUUAAGGUGCUAGUGUGUUCUUGUUGACUGGAUAUGGUAAAAAGGACAUGUGUAAGCCCCUAUUGCUGGCCUUGACCAUUUUGAAGGGGCCUCAGUUAUACUACGGAGAUGUGACUGAAGUGGACAACCCCAGGUGGUUUUUUUUCUGAAUGACUGCAGAGUGUGUUGUUUUUUUCUGAAUGACAGCUAGUCUGGUCUGCAAAGGUCAACUUAAACAGAGCAAAAGUUCUGAAGGGAAACAUUAUGUAAAUGCCUUUAUAAUAAUCCAAAUAUAGUUUAUCAUAGCUUUAGCUUGAAAUUAUUGAAAGUAUUAACUGAAAUAAUCAAUUAUACAAGAUAUAGUUUUACUAUAAUGAAUAUAUUUGUUUUAGGUUUCUAGAAAGAGGUGCAAAUUAAAGUAGCCGUAUUGGUGAAAAUCAUGAACCAAGGUGAAGUCAAACCAAGACAGAGACAAGCAGCAUUCCAGGAUGGUGAAGGACAGCAGGCAGAAAUUGUUCUUUCCAGAAAUGUAAUUUUCACAAGGACAUAAAUAUCAGCUCCCUGACAACUACUAGUCUAUAUUUCAAACAAAACAAAACAAACAAAAAACCCCUUUGAUUCUGUCCAGUUUCCAAAGUUUCAGUUAAACCAACUGGAAUAAGCCAUGCAUAAAUAUAUGGUAUAGAGUCAAGGGAAAUAGAAGAAUUCCAAAAAUGCAAGAUGAUCUGCCAGUCUGGGUCCUGUCCUGAAUCCUGGUUUGAGUCUCUCCAGAUGGUAUAGGUGAGAGUCUAUUCUGCUGUUGUAGGUAGCUCGAUAGAACUGGGAUACCUAUUUAUUUCUGUGCUUUUAGGUGUAAUCAAUAAAAAGGUCAGACUCUAAA